CGCCAUGUUCGUAACUGCGAUGUCAGUGACCUUGUACAGCGCCGGUACGACGUUACACAAUUAGUUAUUUUUAUUUUAAUAGCCUUUCGCUAAUGGAUCGCAUUUUUUCAUUGAUUCAAAUAUUCCAGAAUGAUUCGUAUAGAUGCAUUCGUUUAUUAUAAUGUACAUAUAACAAUGAACGUAGAGUAAAAUGCAAGCAAAAUAAAAAUAAAUGUUCAUCAAACAAUUAAACGAAGUGGAAAGAAAUAAAAACAGAUUUAAGAAACUGGUUUACGCACCACGUUAAACUGAAAGGGGGGUCAGAUUUCAAUAGUUCUGGUCGCACGUUUUCUUCGUUUUUUCAUUUUAUUGAAGUUGGUUACUGUUUAACAUCCACACCCAAGUUUCAGUUUGUUUAGUAAAUCGAUGUAAUGACAGGCUCCCCUGACGCCAUUUAAUGGUUUUAUCAUUGAAUUACAACCCACCUCGUGUAGUCAUGAGCUCUCUAAACGUCUCAGAAUCCGAAAUGAAAUAAGAAAUCGACUGUCGCCGUAAUUUUAAAGAAAUCCUGAGACUUUUUGGAAAGCGGACUAAAGAGAGUCAAGAACCGGGCAGUGCGAUGCUCACCGAGUCCAACGCCGCGGGCGCGGAGGAGACCACGCUCAGCUCCUACUGCUCCAUCUGCGGGGACAAGGCCACGGGCAAGCACUACGGGGCCUCCAGCUGCGACGGCUGCAAGGGCUUCUUCAGAAGGAGCAUCAGGAAGAGCCACGUUUACUCCUGCAGGUUUAACCGGCAGUGUGUCGUUGACAAAGAUAAAAGGAAUCAGUGCAGAUUUUGCAGGCUGCACAAAUGUUUCCGCGCGGGGAUGAAGAAAGAAGCGGUGCAAAACGAAAGGGAUCGGAUCAGCUCCCGGAGGAACGCGUGUGACGCCAGCGAGCUGCCGCCCAUCACAGUGCUGGCCAAGGCAGAGGAGCUGUCCCAGCAGAUGAACGCUCCCAGUGCUGCUGUCUCCUCGGACGUCUCAGAGAAAACGACGGCAGGCGUGGCCGACGUCUGCGAGUCCAUGAAGCAGCAGUUGUUGGUGCUGGUAGAGUGGGCGAAGUACAUCCCGGCCUUCAGCGAGCUGCCGCUGGACGACCAGGUCUGCCUUUUGCGAGCCCACGCAGGGGAGCAGCUGCUCCUGGGGGUGGCGAAGAGGUCCAUGCCCUACAAAGACGUCCUGCUGCUGGGUACCGACCACGUCAUCCGGCGCGACUGCCAUGAGCCCGAAAUCAGCCGGGUGGCCAAUCGCGUGCUGGACGAGCUGGUCGCGCCGUUCCAGGACAUCCAGGUGGACGACAAUGAGUACGCCGCCCUCAAGGCUAUCGUUUUCUUUGACCCGGACGCUAAGAGCCUGAGCAACUUGUCGAAGAUCAAGACCCUGCGCUGCCAGGUGCAGAUGAGCCUGGAGGAUUACAUCAACGACCGGCAGUACGACUCGCGCGGCCGCUUCGGCGAGCUGCUCCUGCUGCUGCCCACCCUGCAGAGCAUCACCUGGCAGAUGAUCGAGCAGCUGCAGUUCGUCAAGCUCUUCGGCUUGGCCAAGAUAGACAACCUGCUGCAGGAGAUGCUGCUGGGAGGCCUGGCCACGGAGCCCCCCCACCUGCCUCACUCCGGUCACCCGCAGCUGGCUCCGGACCCCCUGACGGGCCACACUGUCCUUAUCAGCUCGCUGCCAGCCCCCGUGCACGUCGAGCAGAUCUCCGCCCCGGAGACACCCGUGCCGUCGCCGCCGCAGGGACCGGCUGCUGAGAUGUACAAGGUCACUGCCAGUCCCUCCCCCAUGCUGCCUCUACAGGCCGUGCCAGAUCGAGGCUCCCCCAACAGCACACUCUAGUGGCCAUUGUUGGGAUUGCAGCAAACUCAGCAUAGCGGCGUAACAAGGAUUUUCGGCUGCACAUCACUGCAUUAGUCUUAAAAAUACAUGAGGUAUAGAGAGCUGGAAAGUUCAGGUCCCAAAAGUACAAAUCCAGACCAAGAGUUUGUUUCAGCCAACCAGUUGAGUACACUAUGACUUAUGUUCAGCUGGUUGGUUGAAGCAAAAUCUUGGUCUUCUUUUGUACUUUCUGGACCUGAACUUUCCACCUCUGGAGGUGUAUUCAGCAUAAAGCUCUUUUAUUCUGUAUAUGUAAGUAGACUGUGAAAUAUAUAAAGAAUGUGUAUUAAUUAAUACUUAAUAGUGUGUAUCAAUUAUGAUUAAUAUCACUGGUGCACAAAUGCUUCAUUCAGUUUUUAUAAUUGUAGGAAAACCCUGUGAUUAAUAUAUAGGUAGUUUGUAUUAAUUUGGUUUUCCUUUUUGAAAAGUAAAAAAAUAUUAAUAAUAAAAUGGAUUUCCACAA